AUGCUAUUUUCCAAGUCGUUGGCGCCUUUGCUGGCUGCUCUUCCUGCCGCAUUUGCUUGCAAUGGAUACACUGGUGGCGUCCCAGUUCCUACCAAGACUGUGACUAGCAGCAAGGUUAUCGAAGUCAAAGCCGGUCAAACUUAUGACGGUGGCUGGGCCAAGUAUGAUCGUGGCUCUGGCGCUUGCAAUGAACAAGCAGAGGGCGGUGACGCCGAUGCCGUCUUCCUCCUCCGUUCCGGAGCUACACUCAAGAAUGCCAUCAUCGGUAAGAAUCAAGCCGAAGGCGUUCACUGUGACGGUCCGUGUACGCUUGAGUUUGUAUGGUUCGAAGAUGUCUGUGAGGAUGCCAUCACCGUCAAAAAUGACGUGGCUGGCCAGCACUCCUGGAUUAUUGGAGGUGGCGCCUAUCAUGCCUCCGAUAAGGUGGUGCAACAUAAUGGCUGUGGAACCGUGAAUAUCAUCAACUUCUACGUCGAAGAUUAUGGAAAGCUCUACCGAUCAUGUGGCAACUGCAGCAAGCAAUGCAAGCGAAACGUCUACAUCGAAGGAGUCACAGCCGUGAAUGGUGGCGAGCUUGCGGGUAUCAACUCCAACUACGGCGACACCGCUACUCUCAAGAACGUCUGCUCCGACGCCAAGGUCAAGUGCCAAAUGUACAAUGGCUGCGCUGGAGGUUGCGAGCCCACCAAAUCUGGUGUCUGCUCCGGUUAA